ACAUACAUGGGGGGGAGAGAUAUAACCCCCGGAGUGCCGUUGCAGCAGCUCUUUGUUUCCAUUUCCCCCCCUUCUCUUCGCAGCUGUCAUGGGCCUCUACGUUCCCCCAGGACAAUUGCCGCCCUUUCAGGUGGUAGAUAACCUCCAUCAUGGAGCCUGGGUGAUUAUUACGGUCGGGUUAGGCUUGGUUUUCUCGUUAGUGAGCUUCUUGAUUCGACUAUAUGUGCGACUUGCGCUUCACCCGCCAUUUGCAUAUGAUGAUUUCGUUCUGCUAGGAGCAACGAUUAUAGCCGUGAUUCAGGCGUCUUUAUUGUUCGAGGCUUCGUCGCAAGGAUUCGGGACUUCGAUCAAUCUGCUCGAAGAUGAUCAGGUGAACACCAUUCAGACUUUAAUCGUCAUCAGUGACGUUCUCUACCUUAUCACUCUUUACACUACGAAAUGCUGUGUCGUGGGAAUCUAUCUCCGCCUCACUCCUCAAAAACUACACAAUCGGGCAUCCUGGGCCGCUCUUAUUCUAUGCACCCUAUGGUUAAUCCCAGCAAUCCUUAUUAUCACCAUAAACUGUGAGCUGGAACGCCCCUGGCGCGGCACAGGAGGACGAUGCGGGAGCCUUCUAGCACGAUGGCAAUUCAUCGUCGCCCUCGACAUCGCAACCGAACUCAUCCUCUUCAGUCUAGCCGUCACCUUGCUCGCGGGGCUUUUCAUGCCCGUAAAACGCAAACUGACCAUCGCCUCUGCUUUUAUAUUCCGUCUCCCGACAAUAAUCUUCGCCAUCUUCCACAUUUACACCCUCCAAAUAAGCAACCACUCUCUCGACCCUACCCUCGCCGCAGUCCAACCCAUUAUCUGGUCCCAGGUUGAACUCCACUACGCCCUCAUCGCAUGCAGCGUGUUCUGUCUGCGGCCGUUCAUGGCAGCCGUAAGCACGGGCUACGGCACAGCCGGCGACUCAACAUUAGAAAGCAGCCGUGAUGCCUCACGACAUAAUAUCUCGAACUCGAAUUCGAAUUCGAAUCCCAAGUCUGGGACUGAGUCGGGGCCGGGGCCUGGUUCAAGAACAGGAGCAAUCAAUAGAUCACCGGGAUCUGCACCUGGUUCCAUAAAGGAGGGUCGUGCGCAUGGGGGAUAUGGUUUGGAUGCGACUAAUAGGGCUGCGCGAUCGAUUGAGCUGGUGGGUCGAGGGAGGGGGGCGAGUGGAACUGGUAGUAAGGCAAGUGCGAAGAUGAUUAUUCGCAAGGAUGUUCAGUAUUCUGUGGAGUAUAAUGGGUCAAGAAGUGAUGGUGUGGAAGUGCGUAGUGGUAGCGAGACGGGGUAUUGGGAUCAGUAUCUUGAGAUGCCGCGAUGA